GUGUUGCUACGGGCUCCACGACAGUUACUGAUCUCCUUCCUUCAGCUAUAAGAAGAGAGCAGCAGUUAAAGUAAAUUAUCUGAGGUCAUCAUUAAAUGGUCAACCAUGGUUCAAGGCUUCCACACACAUCUGCUGGUUACAGCCGCUUUGCUGUCUCUAACCCUGACAGUGAUUCAAAGCAGGGCUAAAAAUGAAAUUUUAUUAAUUACUCUACCAGACUGGAGGGAAAACACCGAAUAUAUUACACAGUGUUUCUGGGACAGAGACAACAAUACAUUUUGUGACUGGACAAAGACCCAGCGGACAACAGGCGAGCAAGGCCCCUUUCCAGAGGAAAAAAUAGAUAUUUUAGAGAGCGGUGCACUGGGGCCGCACGGUGAGGUCUGCCUAGAGUUCUGGUACUCGGCUCCAAGUGCAGCAAUUGGGUCAGAACUUCAAGUUCUGCUGAAAAGCAGUGCUGGACUGGUAGAAAUCUGGAGCUCACCCACUGUGUAUGAAGAUGCUUGGAAACAAGUGUUUGUUCCUCUAUACAUUACCGAACCACAAACUCGGGUUAUAUUUCAGGCAACUCAAGUGCCAUACAGAAAAAGACAAGUCAUUUCAAACCAGAUAGGCAUAAGGAGAGGGCCAUGUGGACAGCAGUGUGCCUCUGACAAAGAGAUCUGGACGGAUGAGUCCACCCGUUGCCUAUGCUCUUCUGGCCAGUUGUCCUGCUCUAUCUCUCACUGCCCUAAGGGUCAUAUCUGUGGUCCACAAAAAAGAAGUGGGACGUGCACUGUGCACAGUGACACUGAGUGUAGCAAUUUUGAUGAAGUGUUGUUCCACUUCACGGCUCCCUGCACCUAUGUGCUGGCCAAGAGCUGUUCACCCACUGAGCCCCUGCCUGCCUUCAGUGUGGAAGUGGUCAACAGGCACAAAGAGAACUCAUCUGUGACAACGGUCCAACAGGUCAUUGUGGACCUGAAGACAGUCGCCCGAGUGUCACUGCUGAAAAGUCAAACCAACCGUGUUGUGGUUAAUGGAAUCUGGAAGAAACUUCCUCUGAUUCUCAAAAGCGGCGCCGUCAGGAUCAAAGGCAACCGAGCUGCUGUUGUACUGACAACUCGUUUUGGGCUUUCCAUCUCAUUUGACAAUGCAGGCAUCGUUCACGUGCGCCUGUCAGCCUCCUACUCUAAUAAAGUCUGCGGCUUGUGCGGCAAUUUUAACCACUUCCGUGGUGACGACCACCUCAAACCUGAUGGUACAUACGCUGAGGAUGCUACAGCUUUGGCUGAGAGCUGGCAGAAUGGAGAAGCCACGUCAUCCUGCGAAGUCAUUUUAGUGCCUCAUCAGUGUGACCCAGGGGAAAAGGCGGUGUAUGCCAGUGACCUGUUCUGUGGCAGACUCCUUUCUCAAGCUGGGCCCUUCUCUGCCUGCCAAUCAAUUCUGGAAGCUGAGAGCUACUUCAGGAGUUGUGUGGCAGGCUUGUGUUCCACUCAGGGCGACCCUGCAGUGCUUUGUGAGACAUUUCAAGCCUACGCUGACAUCUGCCAGAUGGCUGGAGUAUCUGUACCCACAUGGAGGAACUCAACAUUCUGCACUUUGCAGUGUGGUGAAAACAGUCACUAUGACUCAUGUGCUAAGGGCUGUCCAGAGACGUGUCCCGGUCAGAAUGUAGCCAGGCCCUGUGGACGCUGUGAGGAACGAUGCGAGUGUGACACUGGAUUCAUACUCAGUGAUGGGAAAUGUGUUUCAAAAGACACAUGUGGGUGUUGGGUAAAAGGACAGCACUACAGUAAAGGAGAUGUGUUCUUCAAAGGAGAGUGUGAAGAGCACUGCCAAUGUAUGGGCAAGAAUGAGGUGCAGUGCCGUACACUGCGGUGUGCAGACACUGAGGUCUGCAAGGUCAAGGAUGGGGUCAGAGGCUGCUUCCCUUUCAAACCAGCCACCUGCAGUGUGUAUGGGGAUCCACACUAUAUUACCUUUGAUGGGAAAGCUUACAACUUUCAAGGCGGCUGCAGCUACAUCUUGACGACCACUUGUGCAGACGACAGCAAAGUUCAGUUCACGGUGACGGGCCAAAACCUCCAUCCUCUCCUUGAGAACUUCACUCGGUCUAAGUUGGAAAAUGUGACUCUUCAGGUUGAUGAUCUACUCAUCAUUCUAAGUCAGAGUGGAGAGAUCUAUGUGCAUAACACCAGUGUCACACUCCCCUAUUCCACCAGCGGUGCAUAUGGCUCCUUGAAGGUCUACAAGACCAACUACUGUAUUAUCUUGGAGGCAUCUUUUGGCCUCAGGAUGAUGAUAGAUGGACAGAACAGACUGUUCUUACAGGUGGAUGAAAGGCACAUGUAUGAACUGUGUGGACUGUGUGGCACUUACUCUGGCAAUCAGGGUGAUGACUUUGUCACCCCAGAUGGCCAGUAUGUUGCAGAGCCAUUUGAAUUUGGUGACAGCUGGAGGGCGGAGGGCAACAAUGAUUGCGUUGACCGGUCCAAUAAUCCCAGACUCUGUGACCACAAUGAGGAGAAUGAGGCUUUUAAGAAGUGCUUCUCUCUAUUUGGGGAUGGUUUUCAGCCCUGCCAUAAAUCCAUUCAUCCAGAGUCCCACCUCCAUAGUUGUGUGUAUGAUUACUGUGCCACCGCUGGUGACCCACGCACCCUGUGUGAAUCUCUGAAGUCCUAUGCAGUAGCCUGCAUGGUUGCAGGAGUGGAUCUACCCCACUGGCAGAAUGGCACAGCCUGUGCAAAUCUACCAACUACUCCACCUACAACAACUUCCACCACUCAAAUACCAGAUCCAAAUGUCUGUCCUUUGAGCUGCAACUUUGAUGAGAAUCUCUGUGGGUGGGAGCAGCUCAUUCAGGACAGUUUUGAUUGGACAAGAUAUUCAGGCUCCACCCCAUCAAGCGCAACUGGGCCAAACCAAGACCACACUACUGGAACUGGCUUCUACAUGUACAUUGAGGGUGACAGUGUCACUCACGGAGACUCAGCCCAUCUAUUGAGCCCUCGGUGCCAUAACAGUGGACCACUCUGCCUGAAAUUCUGGUACCAUAUGAGCGGUUCAGCGACAGCAAUGGCACUUAACAUCUACCUGCUUCAAAAUAAUACAGCCAUCAAGAUCUGGUCCGAGAGGAACAACAAGGGACCUGCAUGGCUUCAGGCAAACAUUGAUAUCAGAUUCUCAGGCCCAUUUCAAAUCAUAGUGGAGGCAAUUCGAGGCUCCAAUCCUCAGUCAGACGUGGCCAUUGAUGAUGUGUCAAUCCACUUCGGGUAUUGCUCAGGCAGUGGCUCUGGAGUGGUCAGUGGAAGUGAACUUCCCCCCACAACAUCAGAAGUCCUUCCCUCAAAACAAGUUUGUGAUGCCGACUGUAGCUUUGACAGAAACCUCUGUGGUUGGAACCAAAUGGUCACUGAUGCUUUUAAUUGGACGUGGUGGAGUGGCUCCACCCCCACACAGAUGACUGGACCCUCUGCUGACCACAGUGGUGGUGGUCACUACCUUUACAUUGAGGCCAGCCAUGUGACACACAGAGACACGGCUCGUCUCAUCAGUUCUCCGUGUUCCGACUCCGGUCCUCAGUGUCUGCAGUUCUGGUACCACAUGUAUGGCUCAGCUGAUACAAUGGGCCUCCAUGUUUACUUGGUUCAAGGCAAAAUGGCUACAGUGAUUUGGCAGAAGAAGAAUGACCAAGGAAAUAUGUGGCAUCAGGCUCAGGUUGAAUUCACGACUACUCAGGCUUUUCAGAUCAUUUUUGAGGGACGCAGAGGCUCCAAUGAGCAAUCUGAUGUUGCUAUAGAUGAUGUAUCACUUCAUCAUGGGCAUUGUGGAGAGCCACUCAAGACAACUCCUGCUUCCACAUCACUGCACCCAUUUACAUCAGAAGGUCCUGAGAUUAGCCCAGGAAACAGUUCAGCUUCAGCACAACCACUGACAUCAGCUUCUUCUGAACAGCACACAUCAACAUCUAUGAUUACAGAAAUCCCAUCUACAAUAACUCCAACCACAAGUCAUUUUACUACACAAAUCACUACAGAAGCCCCAGCAACAGCUGAAACAUCACACACUUCAACUCCUGAUGAACUGACCAGCACAAACCCUGUUGCCCCAACAACACAACCACAGUUACCAUCAACAACAACAACACGAGUGCCACCCACAAAUCACUCCCAUGGCACAGCUAGACCACAACCUCCAACCACAAGUGAACCAAACCCUACUACAGCAGCUUGUGAUGUCGACUGUAGCUUUGACAGGAACCUCUGUAGCUGGAAUCAAAUGCUCCCUGAUGCUUUUGAUUGGACGUGGUGGAAUGGCUCCACCCCCACACUGAUGACUGGACCCUCUGCUGACCACAGUGGUGGUGGUCACUACCUUUACAUUGAGGCCAGCCAUGUGACACACGGAGAUACGGCUCAUCUCAUCAGUUCUGAGUGUCGCAAUUCUGGUCCUCAGUGUCUGCAGUUCUGGUACCACAUGUACGGCUCAGCUGAUACAAUGGGCCUCCGUGUUUACUUGCUUCAAGACAACAAGGCUAAUGCGAUUUGGUGGAAGAUGAAUGAUCAAGGAAAUAUGUGGCACCUUGCUCAGGUAUACUUCAUGACGACCGGGGCUUUUCAGAUCAUUUUUGAGGGACGAAGAGGCUCCAAUGAUCAGUCCGAUGUGGCUAUAGAUGAUGUAUUACUUCAUCAUGGGAAUUGUGGAGAGCCAGUGAAGACAACUACUGCUUCCACAUCACUGCACCCAUUUACAACAGAAGGGCCUGAGAUUACUCCAGGGAACAGUUCAACUUCAGCACAACCUGUAACAUCAACACGGGCCACAUCAACAACUAUCAUUACAGCAACUCUGACCACAAAAAUUCCAACCACAAGUUAUUUUACAACACAAACCAUGACAGAAGGCUCAUCAACCGCUGAAACUUCACAAACCUCAACUCCUGAUGAAACGACCACCACUAAUCCUGUUGCCCCAACAACGCAACCAGAGUUACCAACAACAAGAUCAGUACCACCUAGAGAUCACCCCCAAACCUCUUCUAGACUACAACCUCCAACCACAAGUCAUCUCACUAUACAACCCGCCACAGAAGUACCAACAACUGAAACGUCACAAACCUCAAGCCCUGAUGAACUAACUACCACAAAACCUGUUGCCCCAACAACACGACCACAGUUGCCAUCAACAACAAGACCAAUGCCACCUACAGAUCACUCCCAAACCACCAUUAGACCGCAACCUCCAACCACGAACAAGUCAAACCCGACAACGGCAGUACCAUCCUGCCGAGAGAAUAGUCAUUACACCACAUGUAUACCUUCCUGUGCACCAACCUGUAAGUUCCUGCAUGGCCAACCUGGCUGCAAUAACAGUGACACCUGUGUAAAGGGAUGUACCUGCAAUGACGGCUUUGUGUUGAAAUUGAGGCGCUGUGUGCCUGUCCAACAGUGUGGCUGCAGAGAUGAGAAUGGCAAUAUAUAUCAGUUCAGUGAAGUGUGGUACACCGAACACUGCACUCAAAAAUGCAUAUGCAAGAAGCGGCUUAGCAGAGGGAUGAUUGACUGUGAUGACCAAAAAGGCUGUCCAAACAAUGCUGUCUGCUUUCCAACGAGUGAUGGGCAUUAUGCCUGCUCAAAAACAGGCUUCAGCAAGUGCAUUACGAAAAAGUCAGAGUACAACACGUUUGAUAAAAAGAAGUAUGACUUUGAGGGUGACCACACGUAUUUGCUGGUCCAGACAAACAACUUGCCCAAUAACCUGCCACAUGUCUACAUCGAAGUCAACAACACCUACAUGUUUGGUGGUGACAGCAGCAGCGAAGAAAAUCAAAGUCACUCGAAAGAAGAUGAAGAUGAUGAAGAUAAGGAGGAUGAUGAUGAAGAUGAUGAAGAUAAGGAGGAUGACGACAAUGACAACAAUGAGCAAGAAGAAAGCCAGAGAUUAAGAGCUCUCAAGAUCAAAGUGUAUAAUCAUACUGUGGAAUUCAGGCCCAAUCGACAGCUCGUUGUGGAUGGAAAAAGCACUGAUCCUCCAGUCUCACCAACCACUGGUCUAAAGAUCUGGAGGCAUCGCUCUCGCAUAUAUCUGAAAACAGACUUCGGGCUCAAAGUCAAAUUUAACGGACGCAACUCAGCAGUGAUCAAACUACCGGAUACAUAUCAAAUGAAGGUGGAGGGUCUUUGUGGUAACUUUGACACUUUGUCAAAAAAUGACAUGAUGAAGCCAGAUGGUACAAUGGCCACAACACCUCAAGAAUUUGGGGAGAGCUGGAGAGUGACUAAGUAACCGCAGAAUUCAGGCUGAUGCAAAAAUUGCAGACAUUAAAAAGUACUAAUGGUUUUAUCAAAAAGUACAAAAAAGAUGUUUAAUGGCUGCUCAUGACAUGGCAAUGAUCAACUCUGGAGUUUUAUGACAAAACUUGACAGAAUUAAUCUGUAGCCAGUGGAGUCAUUUAUGUCUGUGUUUAAUUCUUCUGCUUUCAUUACUUCAACCAUGUCAUGCUGUAAGGCCACGUGGCUCAGAGAGGGUGGGGACACAAAUUCAGACUCACACACAGAAUUGUAGAAUUGAUCAAAAAGGCUUUAUCUCAUAAGCAGACAGUUGUUCGGUACACAGAGUAGCAGUCAGCGUGGCAGAGGUAUCAGGCUGGGGCAAAGCUGAGGUGUGUCCAAAAGGAACUGAGGUCCAAAACACAGUAACACAGAGUUCAAAGGGUUACACAAAACCGUGAUCAAGAACACAAAGCAAAGUCAAAAAAAAUCAGCAAGGCAAUCAGGACUAUGACAAAAGGCUUGGACGAGGUUUAAAGAAACAACAAACUAACAAGGAGAACCACACACACAAGGCUUAAAUAACAGAGGCGCAAUCACAGCAAACAAGGCACAGGUGUGGGGAGCAGAGACGAUGAUGAGAGCAAGAGAGUGCAGUCUGACAAAAAGCAAAGCAGACAGAAAUGGCGGCGUCGAGGGAGGAAACAAAGAUGAGGUGAGCAGGUGCCAGAGAGUGCAGUAGAGUGAACACUAAGCAGACAGAAAUAAACUGAAAGGUGAAUCCUAAAUAUUGUGCAAAAGAAUUUACACAUGGAAGGAGCAAAGAAACAAAACCAAGAAAAACAAAGGUGAGAACUGGAAAGUGAUCAACAUGACAAUUAAAGGCAGGGGCUGAAACUAAUAUGUAACAAAAGCAAAAAAUAACAGAAAUUACAAGCAGUGACUCUAGUAGUAAAAUGCAAAAUAAAACCAGUGACUAAAGUAAUCCUAAACUGAAAAACAAAAACAGAGGAUCAAAGUGUAAAGCAGACGUAGACAGAAAGUGAAAAAGACCAAAGCAGUGGAGGACAUGGGACCAGACAGGGACAUACUUGACAGAUCCUCUGGCUUUGAUUUUCAGUUUAUGAUUAUUUUAGUCACUGGUUUUAAUUUCCAUUUUUUCCACUCUAGUCAUUGGUUGUAUUAUCUGUUUGUUACACUUUUGCCACAUGUUAGUUCUGUUCUAGUUUCAGACCCAGCCUUUAAUUUUCUUGUUGAUCUCUUUUCUGUUCUCACCUUUGUUUUCCUGGUUUUGUUUCUUUGUUCCUUUCAUGUGUGGAUUUUUGGCAUUAUGAUUGCGACUCACCUCCCAGUUUAUUUCUGUCUGCUUCGUGUUUACUUUACUGCACUCUCUUGCACUGGCACGCCCCAUCUUUGUCUCUUUCUUCCAUGCCUCUAUUUCGGUCUGCUUAGUGUUUAUUCAUUUGCACUCUCUUGCACCUGUUCGCUUCAUCUUUGUCUCUUUCUUCCAUGCCCCUUCCUGAACUUUCUCACACACCUGUAUCUCAUUGCCUUAAUCACGUCUUGUUAUUUAAGCCUUGCAUGUUUCCUUGUUCUUUGCCAGUCCACUGAUCUUAUGCUUCGUCGUUCAAGCCUCUUCCCUUGCUCUAGUUUGUCCUUGAUCAUCUGUUCAGCUGUAAAUGGCCCUGCUUGUUAAUUUGACCCUGAUUUUGCCUUAGCUCUGAUAACGGUGUUACGCCGUGCCUCUGAAUCCAGCUUGUUUUUGACCAUACCUCAGUCUCACAUCUGCCGAUUACCUUUGCCACGCUGACUAAAUUACCUGUGUACCGUACCUGUGCCUGUUUUUUCAAGAUAAAGCCUUUUUUAUUACUCCACCUCCCGAGUCCAUGAGUCUGCAUCUUGUAUCCAGCAUGCUGUUCAUUCCACACCAUGAAACCUGACAUUUAAAGGUUAUGUUCUUCGCUGUAUGCUCUCACACAACCACGUUUAGAAAGCUUUAAUUACCAAAGAAUGUUUAUUUACAUCUGGCAAUAAAAUUUUACAUCCAUUAAAUGGCAUGGAAUAUAUUCUUUUGUUUGAUUUAUUUUCUGUAUAUCACACUUGUACAGUACCAGUCAAAAGUUUGGACGCACUUUCACAUUCAAUUCAAUGGGAAGGUCUGUCCAAAUGUUUGACUGGUAGUGUAUGUACAGUGCAUCUGGAAAGUAUUCACUGUGCUUCACUUUUUC